UGCCGAGGCGGGCAGCCAGAGAUGCGCCUCCGGCCGCGGGACGGCGCUGCCGGGCCGUCCAGAGCAGCGAGGGCUUCCGAGGUCGCCGCCGGACUUCCGGUGCCUCCUGGGCGGGAUCGGGCUGCGCUGAGCUGCUCUGCGCUUCCUUCCAGCGCCUCUUCCGCCCGUGCUCCCUCGGCUACCUCCCGGUCUUCCGCCCGGCCGCGCUCGCUGCUUUCAUGGGUCCCCCCGGCUCCCUCGCCGCGCGGCCCUUCCGUUCCGCCCGCCGGCUCCCUCUCUGCCUCGCCCGCCAUGCCCGGCUCCUCGUCGUCCCGGCGCGGCCCGGCGGCCUCGGCGCCGCACGUCUCGGUCUUCCCUUCCCCGCAGGAGCUGGGCUCGGCGCUGGCGCAGCUGGUGGCGCAGCGCGAGGCGCAGUGCGGGGCGGCCGGCCGCUUCUCGCUGGGCCUGGCCGGAGGCAGCCUGGUGCGCGUCCUGGCCCAGGAGCUGCCCGCCGCCGCCGCCUGCCCGGCCCGCUGGCUCCUGGCCUUCGCCGACGAGCGCCGCGUCCCGCUCAGCGACCCCGAGAGCAACUACGGCGCCUACCAGACGUACCUCCUUUCUAAAAUUGCUGUACCUGAGGACCAAAUUGUUGUUAUCAACCCUUCGCUACCAGUGGAAGAGGCAGCUGCAGAUUAUGCAGCAAAACUGAAAGAGGCCUUCCAAGGCGAGGAUAUGCCUGUGUUUGACCUCUUGAUCUUGGGAGUGGGACCAGAUGGGCACACUUGCUCACUCUUUCCGGAUCAUUCUCUCUUGCAGGAGCGGGAGAAAAUAGUGGCUGCCAUUAGCGAUUCUCCAAAGCCACCUCCGGAGCGCAUUACGCUGACCCUCCCAGUGUUGAACGCGGCUCGCAGCGUGGUGUUUGUGGCCACUGGGGACAGCAAGGCUGCCGUGAUUAAGCGUAUUUUGGAAGGUGAUGAAGAGAACCCACUGCCAGCUGCCCUGGUCCAACCCCACACUGGGAAGCUGUAUUGGUUUCUGGAUGAGCCAGCUGCAAAGGAGUUGACAAUUCCCUUUGAGAAGCACUCCAUCUUGUAGAAGCUCAUGUUUCAGGUUGGGGAGAGCCCAUCAAAUGCAGGUUGUGGGAUAGAGCCCAGCCUGCCAACAUUCCAGGUCACGGUCUCCACAUCUGGUCGUAGCGCUCAGGAGCGGCACUAAACUAACACUGUUCCCCCCUUCCUUCCUCCUCUUAAAAAAAAUUAAUGAAGUGAUACAUUUGUGGAGCACUGUGUAACCAAUAUAAUUAUUUCUUUAGCCAGGACAAAGUGUGAAAUGGGGGUGGGGGGACGCUUGGGUCCAGCUACUAGUUGUAAACAGAGUUGCAGGGAACAGCGUUACAGUCUUUUAUCAUGUGAACAGUCUAAUGUGGUGUAAAGUGAGUGCACAAUUAAAGAUAUAAAGUACAGCCACUCCA